UGAAAAGUUGUGGUCUUCUGGCGAACAUGAUACGGAAAAAACGAUUGCAAGUGCUAAUCCACGCGCUACAGGUCAUUUGCGUGUUCAGUGAGAACGGUUUCGUUCGUAAUUUCGUACGAAAUGAAGCAUCGACGGAAAUAUUACCGCUCGAUUACAUCAAAUACACAACAUUUUCCGGAAUAAACGAUUCUAAAAUUGGUAUCGAGGAGUUUCCAGACGAAACGAUAGAACUCGAUCAAAAUGAGCUCCUAUUGGUUGAUUACUCGAAAAGCAACGCUGCAAACGUAUCGAUUCCUGAUCCAACGAUUAACAAUUUCAUUCAAAAAUUCGAACACGUUUUCACUUCACUCAACAAACUAGAAAGUAAUGAAAUUUCGUUGGAGGAUGAAUCAUUGGCAUGUGACACGACAGAUCAGUAUAAAAGGAACGUACGAAACUUAACGAUUGAGCCCGGUACGAACUGGAUAUUUCUCUGUUGGCAACCUCCUUGUGAGAAUGUUGCAAAUGAAUCGCUUGUGUAUUCGAUCGACAUAUGCUCCAAAAAAGAAUGUUUUGAAAAGAACGCAAGCAAUACGCAAUAUAAUAUCACUGAUCUAGAUCCAUGUAGCGAAUAUAAAUUUACCGUAAAAGUCAUUAACAAUAAUUCGGAUGGAGUUACUAAAUCGGGAACGACCAGCCAUAUUACCGAAAUCGGGAACAUUCGAGAGUUAGGGGUACAUACCACUACGAAUACAAUUACUUUAACUUGGAAAGAACCAGAAAAUUAUUCAACAUGUGUAAAUAAUUACUUAAUUACACAAUGCUUUAAGGAUACUUGUGAUAAUGUGACAGUUAUACAAACGAAAUAUGUUUCAACAAAUCUAGAACCAUGUGGGAAAUAUUUCUUUAUAAUUAGAGCUGUUUCAUUUCUAGCUCAAUCUAAUGGUUUAAAUAUUACAUUAAAAACAAAUGCACCAAAAUCAAGCAAACCUCAAAAUCCAAUUGUAGAAGCCAGUGCAUUUUCUUUAUUCAUCCACUGGCAACCACCAGAAGUAGGAGCAAUGUGCAUUAAGCAUUACUGGGUUACUAUUAAUUCACAAUUAAUAACAAAACAAAUAACUAGUACAAAUAUAACAAUAAAUGAUUUAUAUGCAUGUACUUCCUAUUCCAUUUCUAUUAAUGCAGUAGAUGAAGAUAAUAAUGAUGGAGAAAGAGUCAGUAUGCAAGCAGGAACAGCACCAACUGUAUCAAGAUCACCAUUGUUAAAUACCAAUGAACCUACUGUUACAAUAAAUGAUAUAAUGCUUUCAUGGAAAAUUGAAAAAGGCAAUAGCAAUUGUAUUUUAAAAUCUCUAAAAGCUAUGUGUAAUGCUACAAUAAGCAAUGGACAUGGUUAUGACAUUAUGAAUGGACAGACUGAAGUGCCUAUAGAUUCCCGUAUUCAAGAUGAAUUUCUUAUUGUAAAUUCAAUGAUAAAAGAUGUCAGUCCAUUCACAACAUAUAUAUGUUGGGCAUAUGUUGUUAAUGAAGCAGGGAAUAGUGACUUAAGUAAUUUAAUAAGUGUAACAACAUUGGAGGAUAUACCAACUGCACCUCCAUUCAAUGUUACAAACAUAACAUAUUCACAGUUUAUAUUUGUAUGGGAAUUACCAACAUAUCUAGCAGGGAAUUUACACGAAUUUGAAAUUGUAGUUGAAGGGGAAAUAUGUUUUCCUAUGCCUUAUUGGUGUAGACAAGUAGCUUUAAAAACUAUUAAAUAUUUAAAUGGAUCUAUAUUUACUUUUGAAUAUUCAGAAGUAAAAGCAUAUACAAAUUAUAAAGCAAAAAUUAGAGCUAGGACAACUGCAGGUUGGGGAAAUUAUAGCAAUGAUUUAAUAUUUCAAACACCAGCUGGAGUUUCAGGAAUGGUAUCUAACUUUUCAUGUUUAAUCAUGAAUAGCAAAAAUAAUACAAAUAUUUUGGAUACUAUUUUGACAUGGGCUUUCCCAUGUUCUUUAAAUGGAAUAUUAGAAUAUUUUAAUAUAUUUGUACAUGGAACUAGAACUACUUAUACACCUCAUUCUUUUACUAUUAAAAAGUAUCUUUCAAAUGAUGUUUCAAAAAAUGAUACAAUUUCAGUAAAUUUAAAAGAGCUAAAAGCAGAGUACAAUUAUACUUUUGAAGUGUCUGCAAAAGUUAAGGGAGUCCAAGAUUUUGGAGUGCCAGCAAAUCAGAACAUUUUAUAUCCUGCUGGUAGUACGUCUAUAACUAUAGAUCCAUUUAAGGCACGAAGAUCUACUACAUCAGUUACACUUUUACUUCCUUUAUUUCCUGAUAUAAAUGGCAAUGUUGUUUAUUAUUCUAUUAUAGUAUCAAGGGUUGAAUAUAACAUGCCAUCAAGCAUUAGAUUUGAUAUAACAAAUCAUACAUGGCCAAACAUAUCUUCCUGGGAAGAAGCUAUGUUGCAAGAUUUUAUGAUACCUUAUCAAGCUACUAGGCUAUGGUGGGAUCCUUAUCCUAAUUAUGUUGCUGAUUAUGGAGAUGUAAAAGCUGUAAAGUAUACACUUGGUGAAGAUACAAACUGUAAAGAAAUUUCGUCUAACACUAAUAAAAGAGUGUAUUGCAAUGGACCUCUUAAACCAAAUACAUGGUAUCAUAUCAGAAUGCGAGCUUUUACACAUGGUGGAUAUUCUGAUUCUACAACAUUCUUAAUAAAAACCAAUGCUGAAAUAAACAUUGUACUUGUUACUGGAGUUGUUUUUGGUAUUUUAUUCUUGGGAAUUUUAACAACAAUGAUGUUAUUAGUUCGCAAAUGUUCACCUCAAGUAAUACUACGAAGGUUUUUGCACUCUGACAUGUCUGGAUCACCAGUUCCUGCUCCUUUCUCAAAGAAAAAAUUUAUAGCGCAUUGUCAACAACUUAUUGAUAAUCCUGGCAAAUUAAGCAAUGAAUUUCAGCUACUUCAAACUCUCAGUGUUGAUUUACAGAUGCCAAACAAUACUGCGUGUUUACAAGCUAAUAAAAAAAAGAAUAGAUAUUCUGAUAUUUUACCAUAUGAUUUCUCAAGGGUUAAAUUGGAAGUAAUCGAUAAUGAUCCUAACACUGACUACAUCAAUGCAUCUUUUAUUAAAGGUUAUAGUGGGGAAGAUGAAUAUAUAGCUUGUCAAGGCCCAAAAGAAGAAACUACUUUUGAUUUUUGGAGAAUGAUAGAGCAAUAUAAUACUAAUAUAAUAGUUAUGUUAACAGAAUUAGUCGAAAAAGGCAAAGAGAAAUGUCAUCAGUAUUUUCCAACCAUUAGAGAAACUUUUAAGUAUGAAAAUAUGACUAUAAAAUGUAUAAGUGAAUUGGAUUAUAGAUCUUAUACACAAAGAACAUUAAUAUUGCAAAAGGAAAACAAAAAAAGAAAUGUAACCCAUUUACAUUUUAACGAAUGGCCAGAUCAUGAUGUUCCAGAGGAUUUUGAUCCUAUGAUUCAUUUUUGUCAAAUUGUACGUCGCAAUGUUUUGGCUAAUAAAGGAUAUAUUGUGAUUCAUUGCAGUGCAGGAAUUGGUAGAACUGGUACUUAUAUAGCAAUAGACAUACUUUUGCAACAUAUUCGAGAUAAUAGGAAAUUAGAUGUAUUUGGGACAGUGUAUAGAUUGCGACAUCAUAGAAUAAACAUGGUACAGAAAGAAAGUCAAUAUGCUUAUAUAUAUAAUUGUAUAAAGCAAGUAUUAAAGAAUCCCUACUGUUUAAAAAGUUAUAAACCACCACCUAUGGAUCCAUUGCAUGAAAAUUCUUCGAAAAAAACAAGAAUAGUACCAAGUUCAAAUACAAAUCUAGUCAACAAUUUUGAGAUAUGUAUGUAG